UUUUGAAAGCUGACUUCCUGUGUGUAUGUAAACACGUGUACCUUGACAGGUAACAUCCUGCCCCCACCACAAUAAGAGUCUCCUCCCUCCUCUGUCACACUGCGGUCUGUGGGCUCAGGAUGCCUUCACGGUCCGGUCCCAGCCCACCUGCGGCUUACCUGUCGACGUGACGCGUGUGUACUUCACGGUCCCGGAGGAAACAGGUCCCGGUUCUUCCCUCACGAGCUUCAGAUGCUCGCGACGGUGGCGGAUUAAGGAGUGUACCGGCGGCUCUACCGACGCUGCGACAGGAGCGACAACAACAGCCGGUGCGGGUUCAUGUGUCGGUCCGCUCCGGUGUUCCGGUACUGCCGGUUAGCAUCUAGCUAACGUUAGCUAGCUGAUGAGGAUGAACGGCGGCUGCAGUCCGGCCCCCGCAGCCGCUCCGGACAUCCCGUGACCGCACAGGAGCGUCAGGAAAUCUACCGGUUUAAUCCCGGACACUUUUAAUUCGUGUUUUCCCCGACCUGCGUGUCUCCAUCCCGGGGCAGCCCCGCGGAUCACUCGGUCCCCGGUAAGAACCGUCCGAGCGGACUGAAGGAAGGUGACCGCCGAACAUCAGCAGCAAAACAAGGAGUUUUAAUGUCAAACGCAUUUUUUGGGUCUUUUUUCGCCUCCUGACGUCACAGUGUUGAUUGUUUACACGACAGGAGACCUCUGUGGAGGAUUCGGCUCCCGGUUCGGAUCUCCCGGACGAAGAGAACCUGAGGUUCGGGUAGGAAGAGGAUCCGGUACCGACAGAAACGGACCGCGCCGAUUAUCAGAGGAAAAAACGCAUAUUUAAUUUUGAGCUAGAUUUAUUGAGGACUUCAGUGGAGCUGAGUUCCGGGUCCGGAUGAUCCGGACUGCAGGACACCUUCGGGGAUAAUUCGGCUCCGGGUAAAACCCUAACACUGCACGAUGGGGACUCAGGGACCGGGCAGGAAGAGGAUCCCGAACCGGGAGAAGCUGACCGCCGAGGACGAUGCUCUCAACCAGAUUGCACGUGAGGCGGAGGCGAGGCUGGCGGCGAAGCGAGCAGCGAGGGCCGAGGCCCGUGAGAUCAGGAUGAAGGAGCUGGAGAGACAACAGAAGGAGCUGUUUCACAGCCACAAGGAGGACAGUGAGCGGUAUUCUCGCCACUCUCGGAGACAUGCUUCGAUGUCAGACGAUGAGGAGAGGAUGUCUGUGGGGAGUCGAGGCAGCCUCAGGCCCUCAGCGCCUCACUCUUACAGCUACAGGGUGGAGGAGAGGACGGACAGAGACAGAGACCUCCUGGACAAAGGCUCAAGGACGGCCUCCACCCUGUCCGCCGCCACACUGGCCUCUCUGGGCGGAGCCUCGUCCCGCAGAGGAAGCUGUGACACGUCGUUCUCUGUGGAGACGGAGGCGUCCAUUAGAGACAUGAAGGAGUCUCUGGCGGAGUCGGAGGAGAAGUACCGUAAGGCGAUGGUUUCUAAUGCUCAGCUCCACAACGAGAAGUCUACUCUGAUGUAUCAGGUGGAGACGCUGAGGGAGGAGCUGAGUGACAUGGAGGAGCUGCUGUGGGAGUCACGGCGCCACUAUGAUGACAGGACCAAGGAGCUGGAGCGAGAGCGUCACGCUCACCGUGUCCUUCAGUUCCAGUUCAAAGACAUGGAGGACACUCUGAGACAGACGGAGGAGCUGCUGACGGAGGUGUCUGACCUGCGGUUGAAGAGCAGCAGUUAUUGUCAGGAGGUUUCUGACCUGCAGGAAGUUCUGCAGUGGAAAGAGAAGAAGAUGGCGGCGUUGGAGAGGCAGAGAGAAAUCUCCGACAUCGUUCGGAUCGAACGCGACCAGCUCAGAGACGAGGUGGUGCGACUGCGAGAUUUACUGAAGACACACGGGAUCGUCCUCUCUCCUGAGGUCUCCACCAAUGGGGAAGCAGGACAGGGCGAAGUGGAGGAUGAUGUCAGCACAGACUCUGCCUCCCGAUUGGCUCAGGAGCCGUCUCCUGGUGGCAGAGAGAGCAUGCUGGAGCUCCGUCUGAAGAAGCUGUUUGAAGAGAGGGAGAGUCUACAGGACCAGGUGAGGCUGCUCAAGUCCCAGCUGGACCAGAGACAGAAGAACGGGACGGACGGAGACCAGGAUCCAGAGGGGGACGGUUUAGAGAACGGGAUGGACUCUCAUCUUCUGGACCUACAAAGAGACGCCAACCGACAAAUCAGUGACCUCAAGUUCAAACUGGUGAAAUCUGAGCAGGAAGUCACCACUCUGGAACAAAGUGUGAUCCGUCUGGAAGGUCAGGUGACUCGAUACAAGGUGGCAUCUGAAAACGCGGAGAAGGUCGAAGAUGAGCUGAAAGUGGAGAAGAGACGACUUCAGAGAGAACUCCGCUCGGCUCUGGAUCGCAUCGACGAGCUGGAGGUCAGCAACAACCACCUCUCCAAACGCCUGGAGAAGAUGAAGGCCAACCGUAACGCCCUGCUGGCCCAGCAGUGACGCUCCGUCCCCCCUGGCGUCCCCAGAGGUCAAAGCGUCCCCUCGGUGGAACUGUUUGUGCCAUGUUUUCAUCUCCAGCCUGACGCACAGCACAGAGAGACAAUCAGCGCUUGUUUCUGCUCCGCAUGCAGCACCGGACGGGCGGAGUUAACCUGAGACCAACCAAAACCAGAUGGCGUGUGACAUAUCAGUCAACAUAUCUAUCAAUCAAUCAGUCUAUCAAUCAAUCAUGGACAGUGUUUAAUGUAGCUCUAAAGAUCCCGGUGCCAUGAACACAGCUCCCCAUUGGGUGGAGUUCACCACCAUCACUUCCUGUUUCAUUUAUGGUUUGUUUUGUUCUGUGUCGGAGGAGAAAUCUCCCAGAAUUCAUUUCUGUCUCUUAUCGAGUCUGAAAAGUUCUGUGGGAAGACUUAUUACAGAAGAACGGCCGCGCUCGUGCUAAUUUAAAAAAUGAUAACAAUUAUUUUGUCAUCUCGAGAUAAUUACGGAAAAUGUGUUAAAUUAAUGUCGAUUCUCCUGAAAACAAAAAGCUGAUGUCUCGAGAUAACGAAAUGCUUUCCUCAUAAUUUCAACAUGACAACGCUUAUUUCCCUGAAAUAACAAAAUAAACCGAUGUCGACAUUAUGAAGCUUGUUCUCGAAAGAACAGUUAGGAAAAUAACAACAUGACAACGCUUAUUUACUUUUUUUGGCAAAACAAAAUAAGAAAAAAAUAAACUCAAAACCUCGAGAUAACAAAACUUUAACUCUCGAUUUGUUUUCUCACAGUAACUAAAAGAUUUCUUAGUAUUACGAGAUAAAGUUUGUUUCCCCGAAGAAACAAAACCAUAGUGACACUAACUCAUGAUCUCAAGAUAAAGCUUGUUUCAAGAUAACAAAGCUCGUUUCCUACAAAUUACAAAAUAAACGGGUAAUCUCGAGAUAGUAACUCUUGUUUUCUCGACAUAAUAAAAUUAACGUGAUCUUGAGCUGACUCUUUUCAAAAUUUUAAAAUAAUAAACUCAUAAUGUUGAGAUAAAGUUUUUUUUGUCGAAAUGAUUUCCUCGUGAUUUCAAAAUAACAAGCUAAUUUCCCCAAAGUGGAAAAAAUACUUAACUGGUGAUCUCGAGAUAACGACGUUGUUGUUUGUUUUUUAGCAAAAAAAACCUCAAAAUCUCUUCGUCUCAUCAGAGUGACGAAAUAAUAAAAUCGUUAUCUGAAGAUUGCGGCAUUAAAAGAAUAAAUUUUAAAAAAUGGAAGCGCCGCCAUUGUCGGCCUCCGUACUGAAGUCCUCGCAGCGUUCAUAAUGAGUGGGCGAUGAAGAGCGCGUGAUGUCAUUGACUGUAACAAGGGUGUGUGAUGUCAUUGACUGUAACGAGGCUGUGUGAUGUCACAGAUGAUAACGAAAAUCAGGAUGAAUCAGGUCGUUGUUUCAGGAGGACGAGCUAACGAGAACUCUUUGUCUGCAGACACCGUUCACAUGACUGAUGAUGUCAGAGCCGCAGGUCAGCCGGAUGACGUCACGUAAAGAACGGAGGAUGACGUAUACGCCCGCCACAGUGUCUUAGCAUGUCCUGUCCUGCUGUGGUAAACUCCGCCCGCCUGGCCCGCCCAGGUGUGUCUAAACAAACACUACAUCUGUCUCAUCCACAUUUAGCUCCUCCCAUCUGUGUGAAGCGUGGCGCUACCUCCUCUCCGACACCUCAAAGACUGGACCGGCGGAGAGUCGGCGUUUUUUAACUUUAUUUGGGUUCUUGGUUUGUUUUUUUUGUUUCGUCGUUCCUCAGUCGAUUUUUUAUGUUUUCACGUGGGACAGGUUUUUUCUCUCCGAGCCGAACUCCUCGUCGGCUCGUCGGCUCGUCUGUCGGCUCGUCUGUCGGCCUCUGUGUGGUUUUAGGGUUAGGGGCCAAUCAUGUGUUUAUGGUGGCGGUCAGGUGACAGAGGGGGGCGUGGCCUCGUGUGUUGGGCAGGUGGACACGCGCCUGAAUUAGGAACAUGAAUCUCUUCAUGGCACUCGGGAUGUAAAAAUCACCAGCUUUUAAAUGUUUGAAUAUUCAUGUCUGUACCGAUUCAUCAUGAACGAAUGAACGUGCGACGAGUUUGAAUCCAAAGCUACAAACAUUUUGUUGUUUUAAAGGACGGACGGAAGUAAAGGCGCCGUCGUCAGCUCGCCAGAAAAAAAUGUUGACUUUGUUUCUGAACACUCGGAUAUGUUAUGUUUGCCGGUACGUUGCAACUUUACGUGUGGUUAGAUUUAGGCGCCAAAAUAAACCCUUGGUUUGGUGACAGAAAAGCAGCUGGAAACACGGUGACAGGUCCCUGAAAGCCACCCGUGCGUGGCGGCAGAAGUGCAGCUGGAGAACAACCCGUUUGGUGACUCAAAAAGGGCUGGACUGGUGAUGGGUUCCUAAAAACCAUCAGUGUUUGGUGACACGAAAGCAUCCAAACAUGUAGAAAUGGUUGUCCCUAGAAAGCACCCACGUUCCGUGGCAGAGAAGUGGUUCACAACGGGACGAAGCGUCCUUAAAUCCUCCUUCGUUGGUGACAGAAAAAAGCACCUGGAAACUCAACGAGUCGCUAAAAACACCAAAAAAAAAAAAAAAUUGGCAUUGAAAUGUGGUGACAGGUCCCUGAGAACCAUCAGUGUCCGUUGAACAUGUUGAACAGCUCGUCACUUCAGAGACGCUGACACGUGUGAACCUUAGAAACCUAACGUGUCCGUGGUCGACAGAAACGUAUGUACCGUGUCCCCCUGGCGGCGGGGCCAAUGUGCGUCAUUGAUGUUUAAAGUUUUGGAUUCAAACUCGUCACUGAAAAAAAAAGUUCUGCAAUAACUGAAUGUACGAGCCGUCGCUCAGCAGCGACCGGCAGCGACGUCUUAUUUCCUCCACGUUCCAGAAGUCUGUUCGGGUGGUGGCUUUUAUUUUGGCAAGGUGUGAUGUCAUCGAUCAGCUGUUAUUGAUCAGGAGGAGCUCCUCAUUAAACUCAUGCUACAUGUCACCACGACUCGUCUCUGUCUGACAGGAUGUAGAUUAAAUUAAAGUCUCUGACAUUAA